AUUUGAGGUUUGAAGGUUUUGCUGGUCGUCUGUGGUUUUUCUGUUCCAGGAUCUUCAGAAAUGAGCAGCGCCGGAUUUAAUGUUUGAAUAAACUGCAGAGUUCAGGAGGAAGAGAGUCCAGUCUGACAGGAAGGAAGCGGCUCACAGAGCGGGGAGCUUGACGGCGCUGCAGACGGAGGUCAGGAAGGUUGAGUGUUCAGUGAGGAGCUCCUGCAGCAGAGAGUCACCAUGGCUGGACUCCUCUGGGUCGCUCUGCUCCUGCUCUCCUCCUGCAGAGGAUCUCCCACCGGCAGAACCCAGACUCUCUCUGAGGAUCUCACCUCAAACUCCAGUCUUCCUUCUGCAGGAGAAUCUCAACCCACAGCGGCUCCAACCUCAGGACUCACAUCAACCACCAAUGAAACCAGCAAGACUCCCGAGGAAGAGGAAGGUCCUCCGGAGUUAGAAUGUCCUCCUCUGGGUCUGGAGUCGCUGAGAGUGAAGGACGGCCAGCUGAGAGCGUCCUCCUUCAAGCGGCGAGGCCUCGGCCCUCACCGCGGCCGACUCAACAUCCAGUCUGGAAUAGAGGACGGAGACAUCUACGACGGCGCCUGGUGCGCCCGCCACAGAGACAAGAACCAGUGGCUGGAGGUGGACGCUCGACGGCUGACCCGCUUCACCGGCGUCAUCCUGCAGGGACGCAACUCCAUCUGGAGCUGGGACGUGGUCCACUCCUACAAAGUUCAGUUCAGCAACGACACUCUGGUCUGGAAGCCGAGCAUGAACGGCAGCCAGGAAGCCGUGUACGAAGGAAACAAAGAUGCUGAGACUCCCGUCCUGGCCGUGUUCAACACCUCCACGGUGGCCCGUUACAUUCGGAUCAACCCUCAAACCUGGUACCAGAACGGGUCCGAUGGAGACAUCUGCCUCCGAGCUGAAGUCCUGGGCUGUGCCCUUCCAGAUCCUAAAGAUGUUUGGCAGACAGAACCGACAGAGACGGACGACCAACUGGACUUCAGGCACCAUAACUACAAGGAGAUGAGGAAGCUGAUGAAGUCCGUGAACGAUGAGUGUCCUGACAUCACCCGGAUCUACACCAUCGGGAAGAGCCACGGCGGGUUGAAGCUCUACGUCAUGGAGAUCUCCGACAAUCCAGGAAAACACGAACUGGGAGAACCGGAGUUCCGGUACGUCGCGGGGAUGCACGGGAACGAGGCUCUGGGCCGAGAGCUCGUCCUCAACCUGAUGCAGUACAUGUGCCGCCAGUACAAGCGUGGAGACGAGCGGGUCGUCCACCUGGUCAAAGAGACCCGCAUCCACCUGCUGCCCUCCAUGAACCCCGACGGAUACGAGACGGCCUUCAAGAAGGGCUCCGAGCUGGCCGGCUGGGCGCUGGGCCGCUACAGCCACGAGGGCAUCGACAUGAACCACAACUUUGCGGACCUGAACUCGGUGAUGUGGACCGCCAUCGAGCUGGAGACGGACCGCUCCAAACUCAUCAACCACUACUUCCCCAUCCCGGAGAAGUACACGUCAGAGGACGCCUUUGUGGCGUCUGAGACGCGAGCCGUCAUCAGCUGGAUGCAGAACAUCCCCUUCGUUCUGGGCGCCAACCUCCACGGGGGAGAGGUGGUGGUCACUUACCCGUUCGACAUGACCCGCGACUGGGCGCCCCGGGAGCACACGCCCACCCCCGACGACAGCUUCUUCCGCUGGCUGGCCGCGGCGUACGCCAGCACCAACCAGGUGAUGUCCGACCCGGACCGCCGGCCAUGCCACAACACGGACUUCCUGAGGAGCAACAACAUCAUCAACGGAGCGGCGUGGCACAACGUACCAGGAAGUAUGAAUGACUUUAGCUACCUGCACACCAACUGCUUUGAGAUCACCGUGGAGUUGUCCUGCGACAAAUUCCCGCACGCCAGCGAGCUUCCCUUGGAGUGGCGGAACAACCGGGAGUCUCUGCUGGUUUUCAUGGAGCAGGUCCACCGCGGCAUCAAAGGUGUGAUUCGGGACAAGGACUCCGGCGAGGGGAUCGCAGACGCCGUCAUCAAAGUGGAUGAAAUAGAUCAUCACAUCAGAUCAGUGGCUGAUGGGGAUUUCUGGCGGCUCCUGAAUCCAGGCGAGUACCAGGUGACGGUCACGGCGGAGGGAUACCGGCCGUCCUCCCGCACCUGCUGGGUCAGGUACGACCUCCACCCCACCGUCUGCGACUUUCACCUCACCAAGAUCCCACAGCAGAAGGCGAAGGGGCGGAGCCUCUCCAAGGACCUGCAGCUCCGGCUGCGGCAACAGCGCCUGCGUAAGCUGCGGAUCGCCACCAAGGCCAUCAACCGGAGGAGAGCUGCGGCCGCUGGCAGGCGGCAGACGGUCCGGUGAGAUCAGGACGGUGGAUGAGAGCUUCCACAGAUCUUUCAUCUAAAUCUUUGAUAUUUGAAGCAGAAUUCAUCUGCAGCUUCUUAAACACCAACGAGGAUUAGAUCAGCUGCUCUGGUUUACCCCUCAUCUUGUCCACGGUGGUGAAGAUCUCGCUCAGGGCGUACAUCAGCGCCCUGUCCUCCAUCGGGCUUCCUUCCUUCAGACUCAGCUUCUUCCUUUCCGCUUUGCGGCGGUUCUUUGACGACCUCCUGCAGGCGCACGAACAAUCAAACCAUCGACUGAAGAGAAACAUUUGCUGCUCCUAUGUGUUUUUCUCACGAGGAAAUGCGGGAGUUGCUCUGCGAGUAUUUGGAGGCCGUCAUCACACUGCUGGCUUCAGAGUACAGCUCUGCUUCUGGACAGUCUGGACCGUCUUCAUCUGAUCAGGACAGAAUAUUGAAUCAUACAGAUUCAUUAAAUACAAUUUCUUUACAAGUAAUUCUUGUUUUUUCAGUCAUUUUAAUGUUAUAAAUAAAAUGUUAAAUCACUUUUAUAAGAAUAAAAACUGAUCUGAUGUCUUAA